AUGAAGACGUCUGGGUGGAUCUGGGUCACAUUCCUCGCUUCGAGCGUAUUAUCGAUAGAGCGGGUGGAGUUUGAAUCACCAGUGACUGCAAGUCUUGAGACAAACAAGAGGGCAUAUGAGGUUCUACAACUCCUAAAGCGGACCGAGAACAACUGCCCGACAGGAUACAGCCCAUGUACCGACCUGGGUGACUCGGAUAUCUGCUGCAGGACCAACGCUAUAUGUACCAGCGACGACGCAAAUCACAUCGCGUGCUGCCCCGUUGGAGCAAGCUGUACAGGCACUCUGACGGACCCAAGCACAGGAACAGGAAGCUUCCAGUUCCCUCAAUCCACGAGCGCGACAACGACAACCAGUGGAGGCAGCGAGGCAACGAUCACAGGCUCGACGCUUUCGGGUGCAUACCCGUUUGUCUAUGUGCCGACGACAUUCUCCAAUGCUGAUGUUUGCUCGUCAUAUUACACUCAAUGCCAAAGCGAAUAUACCGCGUGCAUCACAUCUCUAGGGGGAGGCUACGGCGUCACAGUGAGUGGUGGCGGUGCGGAAUUGACUCGAUCAGGAGGCGCAGCCGGGGCUGUUGAGACCUGCUCUAGUUUGAGUCUUGCAGCUUGCCAUGGCCUUAAUCUGGGCUAUUGCGGGAACUACGCAGGCGGGUCAUCGAGCGACGGAGUCUCUAGACGGGCUUCCAAUCUCCAGGACCUUCUCUUUGGCGUGGUUAUUGGUAUUACUGGUAUGUUUAUUUGA